AUGUCCAAAGCAGCCUCUGCCAAAAGGCUCAGCAGCCCCCCUCGAGGAUGUACCCUGGAUGUCAACCACCCAAGGUGCAGAGCGCAGCUUUUGCAUCCAGGCCCUUUACGGGUGCCACAGGGGGCCGGCGGGGCCCGGUGUGUGGACGGGCGGGAGCUGGGUGGUGGGGGUCCUGGGCCUGAUCCCACCACGCCUAGGUCUCAGAGGGAGCUGUGCGAGAAGGGCCGGCCGCGGGAGCUGCGGCCGCUAAAAGGCCUGGUGAUGAUCGCGGGCAGCGCGGCCAAGUCGACUGGCGACGUUCCGGCCUUCCCGCACCAGUUCUGGAGCCAGGGCGGCAAGGAGCUGCGGUAUCGCUAGGUCUCCGCGGACCUUAACGAGGUGGCGGCACUGGUGGUGCGCGACGGCAAGCUGGCAGAGCUGGGCCAGUGCAGCAUCGACAUCCCCAACCCGCUCGGCUGGUGCGCGCCUCCUCGUAGAAGGUACGGCCUGGGGCGCACGGCCGCGCUCUUCCCUCCCGAUCUCGGCAACUGGGAACGAAAAGUUCAAAAGGGCCCCAGCAGCACCAAGGCACACAAAGGCACCGCGGAGACACGCGCGGAGAUUCUGAGCAAGCCAGAGCCCGACGUGGCCUGGACCAAGGACGGGGACCUGGGCGUGGAGGAGGAAGACAGGGUGGCGCUCGCGCCAGGCAGCGCCACGACGUCGCUGACCAUCCGCCGGGCCACGCCCCAGGUCGGCGGCAAGCACGAGGUGUACGCGGAGAACAGCUUGGGCACGGCCCAGAGCUUCGCCCGCGUGGACGUGGCCUCAAAGGGACCUUUUCGCCCCUGCCCCACGCUCAGUGCAUCGCCGUCCCGCGCCCGCACUCCACUCUACAAAGUCACGGAGUGCUGGGUCAGAGGGCAGUGCGGGGACGCCCAGACCAGCGCCCCAUCUCGCAGACCGUUCAUCCGAGGCGGGCUUUCUCCCACGUCCGACUUUUCCCCGUGA